AUGCCUGAGCUGGCGAAGUCCGCUCUAGCCCCGAAGAAGGGCUCUAAGAAGGCGGUGACCAAAGCGCAGAAGAAGGAUGGCAAGAAACGGAAGCGCAGCCGCAAGGAGAGCUACUCCGUGUACGUGUACAAGGUGCUGAAGCAGGUCCACCCAGACACUGGCAUCUCGUCCAAGGCCAUGGGCAUCAUGAACUCGUUCGUUAAUGACAUCUUCGAGCGCAUCGCGGGCGAGGCGUCGCGUCUGGCGCACUACAACAAGCGCUCGACCAUCACGUCCAGGGAGAUUCAGACGGCCGUACGCCUGCUGUUGCCCGGGGAGCUGGCGAAGCACGCUGUGUCCGAGGGUACCAAAGCUGUUACCAAGUACACCAGCGCCAAGUAA